AUGUUGCUCUUCUGUUCUGGCAUGCGAGAGACCGAAACAGGAGUAAUAAUAAACUGCGAAGUAAAGCCAAAAUCAAAAGUGUUUUCCAUUGCAUGGUCAGACGAUGUCCUAAAUAUUUCAGUCACAUCCAUGGCAGUGGAGAAUAAAGCGAACAAAGAAGUGGUGGAGAUCCUUCACAAUCUCUUCAAAGUCCCAAAGAACAGAAUAAAAAUCGUAUCAGGACACAAGUCAAAGAGCAAGUCUGUUCUAGUGGAAGAAAUAAACAAAGAAGAUGCAAAAAACAAACUGGAAAAAAUAAAUUGA